AAACCGUCUCAUUCUCUUAGCAGCAGUUUAGCGGGUAACGAUGAAACGUUAGAGGGGUUUUAAUUCCUGUAAAAUAGAAAUUUCCUCUUUCUAUUGGUCUAAACGGCGGGCCGCAUCAGUAAAACGUUUAAACAAAUAACAUUGUUAGUAUUAUUGUGUAGUUCAUUUACCCCCCACUACUCGCACUUAACUAAUUAGUUAAUGAUAUCGAAAGGGGAUAAAUAUUUAUUAAUAUUACUAUUUACCUUUUUGACUUUUGACUGAAACUGAUCUGCGGGAUUUUUCACGGAGGAAGCCGUCGUAAAAGUUUCAUUACACUGUAACUGGGCGCCGUUUGUCCGACCAGCUCGAUCUGAGAUAUGGAGUACAAAGUGGAGGCUCAUCGGAUCAUGAGUAUCUCUUUGGGGAAGAUCUACAACUCCAGGGUCCAACGAGGGGGGAUCAAACUGCACAAGAACCUGCUGGUCUCGCUGGUUCUCCGGAGCGCCAGGCAGGUAUACCUCAGCGACUACUACGGCGGCGCCUGCCUAGGCUCCCAACGCGCCGAAGCGGGGGAGUGGGCAGAGGGGGAGACGAUGGAGUCGUUAGAGGGAAGAUCGACCGGCGCGGAAAGCUGCGGGUCGGAGACGGAAUCGCGGGAAACCUUACGAGUGCCGGAGACUAACGCGCAAGCCUCGGUGGAGGUAGCCGGGGAACUGGACGCCGAGGAGCCGGCUUCGCGUUCGGAUUACAACUGGCCGCAGGGCGGCGAGUCGGAUGGGGAGCAAGCCCCAGGUCAAGUGGAAGAGAGUACGCAAGUCCCUAACUGCCCUGUCCCGGAGAGCCGCUUUGAGUGCGGGCCAGCCGAAGAUCUCUGCUCUCAGAAAGAAGGAACGCAAAGCCCGACGGCCGCGGCGCCUUGCUGUACCAGGAAGAGGGGCGCCGGCAAGUCCCCAUACGCAGGAUCCCCAGUGAAAAGACCCAGACCCGGCUCCGUCCCGCUGGCCAAUACCGAAGGCGGUGACGCAUCAGAAGACAUGGACACGGGCAACGUGUCCAGCCUCAUAACGAUAUUCGGCUCCAGUUUCUCUGGACUCUUGAGCAAAGACGGCGCCCAGGCAGAGCCGGGGGCGGCGGACGGCGACUCGGCCUCCGGGACGAUUUGCUGUGAGCAGAUGCUGCCGAACCUCAGUCCAUGGAGCACCGCUAUCGUGGCUUUUUAAGACUCUCAUUUUCGACUGGACACUUGAAGUUGUGAAAGUGUUACGGACUUCGAUGGACGGUGGGAGACUCGCUUCCCGUAAGGACAAGGUGCCCCCCCUCUUAGCUGCUCUCAACCACGUGGAAAAUAGAGGAAGGGUGCAAUACGGGGCUUCCCCUCCCAGUCGCCACAUGGCCACGCCGACAUGUGCCGGGUGUUUGUCGGGGCAUGUCCCGAUCGGGGCUGGGGAGGAGGUGGGUGGGCGCGAUCCUACUCUAAACGCGAGGGGUAUCGGGGGGAGACGUACGGAUGUACCAUAAUCGUCAGUAAACAUGGAGUUUAAAGCUACACUUUCCGUAUAUUUUGCACACUUCCCAGGUUUCUUUUUUUCUACCUUGAGUGGUUGAAUAUAUUGCGGAAGAAUAACUUGAGGUUAAUGUGAUGGUUCCCAUGUUCGUGUUUAAAUGUUUGACAAACUAAGUACUGGUUAAUGUGAAUACUUGUUAACAGUGCUCAGACCAUGAAAAUGCAGUGAUCGGUG